AUGGCGACCGACUACAGCAAGAAGACCAACCCUGAAUUGGUCGAGAUCCUCAAGUCUCGAUCUCUCCCUCACACUGGCAAGAAGGCCGAUCUCAUCUCGCGCCUUCAACAAGAUGACGAAAGUAAGCCCGCCGAUGCUUCCGCUGCCGCUGCCCCCGCCAAGACUGCCGAUGCCGCCGAGGAUGUCAUCGACUGGGACGACGAACCUACAGAGACUGCCGUGAAGCCGUCAACAGAAACCGGUGCUGCAGCCAUUGCAGCCGGUGGCCAGGGUGCCGUGCCGAAUCCUGUUGCUGUCCCCAACCAGAAGCUCGAUGAAAACCCUGCCACGACCGAUGACUUGAAGGUCGAGUCCGCCGGCGCCGCCGAAGUCGCCCCUCAGACCGAAGCCCCAGCUCAACCCGAAGCUGUCGUGGAAGAGAAGCCUGCUGUCGACUAUACUCGCGGACUGCCCGCAACGGAGCUAGAGGCCGAGUUGGCCAAGCGCAAGGCACGUGCCGAGAAGUUUGGCAUCAUUGAGGAUUCCGAGACCGCAUUGAAGGAGGCCACAAAGCAACUGGAGCGCGCAAAGCGAUUCGGUACCGGUGCCGAAGCUGAGACUAUCCCCGGUGAUGGUGUAAGUCGCCUGGACCAGGCACUUCCCGAUGAGCGCUCUCGCAAGAGGGGCCGUGAGCCUCGCGUCGACCAAGGCGGUCGGGGAGGCAAGAAGCGCGACACGGGCCGGAAUCGCAACCAGCGACGUGGAGACGGUAACCGCAACCGCGAUGGUGGAAACCGGACCAAUGCUGGUGUGAAGAAGCCCAACGCUGGUAAUGGAAGCGCACCCAAGAGCUUCAGUGAGAAGGACAAUGCUGCCAUGGAGGCUCGCAAGAAGCGAUUUGCAGCUGCUGCUUAG